AUGCCCAUUGCGGAAACCGCGGUGUUUCGAGAUCGUUCAAAUAUGGGAGAGAGUCAGAAGGCCACUGAGGAUAUCCCUGCGGUCGAAGUUCUGACACUCGACGAUGACGACGAUUCGGCGAAGGCACCGAAGGAACUGGCUGUUGAUGAGCUGUUCGCGCAUGAUCUGCUCCGAGAUGUUGCUUCCAUAGUUCACCAUGAAGAAGUCGAUCGAACACUCGAGCAGCUCGCUGAAGAAGCAUUCGAUGAGCUUGGCGACAACGUGUACGAGAAGGACAGAGUCAAGAUCAGCAAAUCAGAUAUCGAUCUCAAAACCGUUCAAUCUUCGACGAAAAAGGGUGGAACUCGCAUUCUACAAUUCACACCUGACACUUACAGUGGGCUUCCGGUUAACCAAUCUAAUGUCUACCCCGAAAAGAAGCGAACAUUGGCUGAUUUCCGGGAGAUUAUUUCGCGAAUUGCUGUGCCAGAGGAGCGAUACUGGAUUGUAGAGGAUAAGCUCUGCAAGAAGCUCGGCGUCAAGAACAAAAUACACCCAUUGAUGAUGGUGCGCAAAUCUGGCAAUUCUUCAAGCGCCAAACGAGAAGCACCCAGUGAUGGCACGCCAAAGAAGCCGCACGUCCUUUCUUCCAGUGACGACGAUGACAGGCCGCUUGAGGAUAUUCGACGCUCUCUUACCGCCGCCCAUCCGAGCGCUAUGCUACGAAAAAGUUUGGGGACGUCAGUGACGAAGAAAACCAAGGUUCCGAAGGUGAAGGCUGAGAAACCUGCAAAGGUCAAGAAGGAACCAAAAGCCAAGAAGGAACCGAAGGAACCGAAGGAAAAGAAGCCGAAAAAGGAAAAGCCUGAAAAGAAACUAAAGAGCUUAAAAAAUUUCCUGCACUCUCAAGGAAGUAGCCAAGGAUCUUCUACUACUGGUUCUCCGUUCUUGACGCCCGCACAAAGAUCCGAGAAGCGCUUCAAUGAUAUUAUGAAAAAAUUGCGCGCCGUUUUCGAUCAGGGUCCCAAGGAGAAAUUCCUGCUGUUCGUGAACAAGACGGCAUCCUCUUUGACCACCGAACAGAUCGAAUCGGUACCUGAAGAGCUGAUCCGCUAUUUCCUUUCACGUGUGCACAAAGGCUCGAUCAAGAAGAAAGAAGAACAGGAAGGGGAAGAUGAGGCGAAGGCCCUUGGGAAGCAGACCGAAAAGAUUAGGGCUGCCGCGAUGAACUCAGCACUGUCCGAUCACUUUGAGGAGAUGUCUGAGGAUCUGAACAUUUGCACUGAUCGACUCGAACUUCCCGAUGAGCCUGUAUCGGAUCAAACCGCCUUCGCCGAAGCGCUCACUCUCACCGAAGCCAUCCACGGGCUCGCGAAUUUCUUUGGGGUCAAGGAGGCACCAAGCGCGGAGUCAUUGUUCUCGGAUCUUUCCCGCGGCUUUGUUGGCUUCAGCAACGGUCUUGCAAAAAUCGUCCAUCCAUUAAUCCGGCUGCUACAAACCGCAAAAGAAUUUAAGAUCAGCCACUUUUCGCAAAGUCUCCGUCACUACAAUGUCGAUACGCUUGUCUUAUCCGAAAUGUGUCGCGCCAUCCUAACAUCUUCCUCGAUUGCCAUAGAAGGUGAUGAUGACGUGGCGCGGGCGACCGAAGACGUCGACUUGGAUAUGACAGCCCACGAUCAGAACUAUCGCGAGACGCUGCUGGCCAGUUUCCCGGAUAAUCUCGAGCUCUGGGAGCUACCACCGGAAACGCAGCUGAAGAUAGCCUCCUAUCUACUCCGAAUCGUCCUGACCACCGAGCUCUACGAAGAAUACUGCACAAAUGGUGGAGACGUUGAGAACACGAAAAAAUUGUUGGGGAAGCUGGAACAGCAAAAAGAGAAGCUAGUCAAAUUACGAAAAGACCUGGCCGCUCUACCGGAAUGCCCGCCGGAUGAUGCUGAGCUCUCCCGACUCGAGUCGAUGAAGUUUUCGAAGAUCCGGCAGCAGCGCGACACUCUGCGGCGCAACAUCGCAAUCAAGGAAGAGGAUAUCGAUGAGCUCAAGGAAGAGAUUCAGGAAUCGAAACAACAAGCCCAGUAUGCGUACCGUAUCAGCUCCUUUGGCAUGGACCGCAACUUCCGCCGAUAUUACUAUUUCGGGAAAUCGAGCCCGAACCUUGGAAUUUGGAUUCAGGAUCUAGGUGUUACGCGAGAAGAAGUGCUACUGAAGCAAGACAAAGAACCCGAACUGGCCGUCGACCUGAAAGAAAAGUGGUACUGCUUGCGCGACGUCGAAGAGAUGCGCCAAUUCUCAAAGAAGUUGAAUCCGCUAGCCAAUCGCGAGAAGAUCCUUCGACAAGAUUUUGAGGAUUUGGUGGAAAGCGUCAACGAACAGAAGGCGCACUAUGCCCGACGUCGCCAGGGCGACCGCAACAGUCGAUCGGUGUCUGUCGACCAGGUCGAAACGGCCCUCGAGACAUUCAAGGCGUCGCUCGACAGCUUUGCUGACGAGAUGAUUGAAAAUCACUUGGCCGUCGCGCUUGACGCAGCUAGCUACCAGGCACGCCUGCGAACAGCCACCGAUGUCGAUACUUUUGGUGAGCUGCUCGUCGAAAUCGUUGAAAAGGCUAACCCGAAGGCCAUCCGAACGACGAUUGCCCAGGUGUUUGGCUGCGGCUGGUUUGUAUUGGCAAAGUGGCGUCCGCAAGUCCUGGAAUCGAAAACAUUCUCGAAACUAUCGAUGCUUCUUGACAUGGUUCACUCACGUGCCGACUGGGACGAGUCACUGAAGAACAAGAAAUGCCGCGGAUGUGGCCGUAAAAAUACGCACGACUCUAAAGUCAUCUGCCACACGUGUGGCGCUUGCUUCCACGUCUAUUGCCUUCCAAGGAAGUUGAAAGAGGUCCCUAAUGAUGCGUGGAACUGUGCGAGCUGCGUCUACGAGAAGAACAAAUCCGAGAAAUCGUCUCGUCAUCAAGCCGCCGCACAAGACGAUCAAGAGGACGAUAAUGACGACUUUUUCGCGGCUGAGCGUGCCCAUUCUGAAGCGUCUGAAGACAUUCCCGCUGGCCGCAGCACCCGCUCAAAGCAACCACGUCGGGUUGAGCUCAACCCCGAGGCUGAGCUGGUCAAGGAGGUGUUCGAAAAAAUGAAGGGCCGGCGAGUUUACACCAGCCUGGCCAACCUCGAGAUUCCACGUCCGACAAGGAGCAGGAAGAGCCCGUUUAUGUCGCUUCAGAAAAUUUCCGAUCGUGUCGAAUCCUUCGAUUUCGAGACGUUUGAUGAAUUCAAGGGCUAUAUUCUCAAGCUGCUCGACUUGGCUACUGAACAGCUGCCGGAUCGGAAGCUUGCCCAGCUCGACGAGGUUCGCGAACUCUUCAACGAUGCUGAGGAGGAUGAGGAGGACGAAGAGGAUGAGGAAGACGGCGAAGAGAGCACCGACGCUGAGGAGAGCGAGGAGGAGGCCGAA